AUGGACAAACAGCAAAUUGAAUUAGCUCUUUUUGAUACAGCUGAUUUAGAAGAUUAUAAUCUUCUUCGUCAAUUAUCCUAUCCUAAUACACAUGUUGUUCUCAUAUGUUUCAGUGUUGAUAAUCCAGUAUCACUUGUGAAUGUUACUAUAAAAUGGAUACCAGAAGUUCGAGUUCAUUGUGAUCAAUGUCCAGUGACCUUAGUAGCAUGUGAAAAACUGGUGACAACUGAAAUUGGAAAACGAAUAGCAACACAAAUUAAAGCUGAUGCUUAUAUGAAAUAUUCAGAUAAAACUUGUAAAGAUGUACAAGAUUUAUUUAUUCUAGCUGCUCGUUUAUCACUUAGAAAUCAUUCUCAUAGAAAAUCACGUCAAAAUUGUGUUUUGUGCUAG